CGUUAAAUGUAAACAAUGUACUCGAUGCUAAUCGCUAGCAUAGCAGAAAAUCUUUAGCAAAACAUUCUACAUUAACGAAACACUUAUCCAUUCUAGCAAAUAAAGAUUUCAUCACAAUAAAACAGCUACAUUUGGUUAUAUUAGCAGAAUAACAUAGCAGCACGGUACUGGCUCGCGACUCUCCGGCACGCGCUAGCUAGAGUUUUCAACAGGUGGCUUAUGGGAAAUGUAGUUUUUUUCUUCACACAGCGAUAAACAUAAUACAGCGAAUAUGGUUAAAAGAAUUUAAUUAAAAAAAUACAUAUCGCAAAUAAAGUGUACAGUACAUAAAGACUACUAUAGUUUAUAACCAUAAAUCAGCGUCCAUCUAUAAAAUUUUGUUCACUUCUUUAAAGAAUUUACUUCCGGUAUCCGUGUGACGUAAUCUGAUUGCGGAAGUAAGUUCCGGCUCUGUUGAUAUGCGCGUAAGUUUUUGUUUGAAGCAGGACUUCUACAAACGAUUUAAACAUUACAGCUGGAGAUUAAACAAAGGCUUUAGACACUGAAGAUGGCCAAUACAGACUUUCAUCUGCAGUUUCAAGACUUUGACGAUGAUGUGGGUGUGACGGAGGGGAGCGGUGGAGCCACGGUGGUCAGUAUGGAUGGCGAGCGCUUCGGUAAAUCUCCCACACAGCGGCGAGUGGCGGGAGGCGAGGACGAGCUGCUGGACGGUGACGAUCAGACCGAGCUUCUCCGCAGUGAAAGGAAAAGUGCUGCUUUCUGGACUCUGGAGUUUUAUCAGACAUUUUUCAACGUGGACACUUAUCAGGUGAUGGACAGAAUCAUCAGCUCUGUGCUGCCGUGGCGCGGAAAAAACUUUGUUCGCCUUCACAUCAGGAACAACCCCGACCUCUAUGGUCCUUUUUGGAUCUGCGCCACGCUGGUCUUCGCCAUCGGCGUGAGCGGGAACAUGUCCAGUUUCCUCGUCCACCACGGACAGCCGCGCUACAAAUACGUCCCCGAGUUCAGGAAAGUAACGAUGGCCGCUACAGCGAUCUACAGCUACGCCUGGCUCGUUCCUCUCGCACUGUGGUGCUUUUUGACGUGGAGAAGCAGGAAGAUCUCCAGCACGCUGUCCUACUCCUUCCUGGAGAUCGUGUGUGUUUACGGCUACUCGCUCUCCAUCUACAUCCCUGCUGUGGUGCUGUGGGUGGUACCGAGUGAGGUUCUCCGGUGGAGCUCCAUCGUGGUGGCUCUGUGUUUGUCCGGCUCGGUUCUGGUGCUGACGUUCUGGCCGGUGAUGAGAGACGACAGGCCGCGGGUCGUCCUCGCCGUUCUCUCUUCUGUCGUCGCGCUGCACGUUUUACUCGCCAUCGGCUGUAAGGCGUAUUUUUUCAGCACUUAUGAAACCGAGACAGUUGAAAAACUGACUGCAGAAACGAACGCGGUCCAAAACUUAACAAGCUCAAAGACACACUGAUGUCCUACAGCGAAGUUGCAGGUUCUCUUGUUGCAUCGUUCUCCAGAAUCGGGUUUCACACAGACGAGGUCGUAGGUCAUCAGAACGACACGAGAUCACGAGUGUGUGUGUGUGUGUGUGUGUGUGUGUGUGUGUUCUGACUUAAAGUUACUGAUGUACACUUGAAGGGGUUAUUUCUUUUUUUUUUUUAUACAUAGAAUGUCCAGUACGUCACUACUCUGACUUUAAAUGAACCCUGUGGUGUUUAGAGAUUUGGGUGAGAGAUUAUAUAAAGAGUAAAAUAUGAAUGUUUAUGUUAAAAUUAAACUCUGUCUUCCAAAAGAGAUUACUGCUGUGUUUUAGCCAUUUUGAGACUUCUUAAUAAUAAUAAUAAUAAAAAUAAUAAUAAUAAUAAUAAUAAUACUGUAUAUAGCAUGUUGCUCAGUCUGAAUGACAAACUUCUUACUAUAUUUUUAAUAUUUUAUGACAUUCUCAUCUCAUUACACUCUACCUUUCGGGACUCUUUAACGUUUAGAAAUGUUAGCGCUAACAAUACUGUAUGUGCCUUCUUUAAAUAUUACUGUUUCACUGUAAACAUUGAAGUGUUUUACAGAUAUGGUCUUUCUUUGUAAUAAACACUUUUCAUGUUAAAA